AGGAGUGCACAGGAAAUGACUCGCAGGGGUGAAGGAUGUCGUACUGUCCCCCUUUCUGGACACGUAGGAUUUGACAGUUUGCCUGACCAGCUGGUUAAUAAAUCAGUUAAUCAUGGGUUUUGUUUCAACAUCCUGUGUGUGGGGGAAACUGGCCUUGGUAAGUCCACUCUCAUGGACACACUUUUCAACACCAAAUUUGAAGGUGACCCAGCAUCUCACUCGCAGCCUGGGGUCCAGCUGAAAUCCAGUACCUAUGACCUGCAAGAGAGCAACGUCAACCUCAAACUGACUAUUGUAAGCACAGUGGGCUUUGGGGAUCAAAUCAACAAAGAGGACAGCUACAAGCCCAUUGUUGAGUUCAUUGAUGCUCAGUUUGAAGCCUACUUGCAAGAAGAACUGAAGAUAAAGAGGGUCUUGCAUAAUUACCAUGACACCCGGAUCCACGCUUGCUUGUACUUCAUUGCUCCGACAGGCCACUCACUGAAAUCCUUGGACCUGGUAACAAUGAAGAAGCUUGACAGCAAGGUCAACAUCAUUCCUAUAAUUGCCAAAUCUGAUGCCAUUUCCAAAAGUGAGCUGACCAAGUUUAAAAUCAAAAUCACAAGUGAACUGGUCAGUAACGGGGUUCAGAUCUACCAGUUCCCAACAGAUGAUGAAUCAGUGGCGGAGAUAAAUGGAACAAUGAAUGCCCACUUGCCGUUUGCAGUGAUUGGGAGCACGGAGGAGAUGAAAAUAGGAAACAAAAUGAUGAAAGCUCGUCAGUACCCUUGGGGCACAGUGCAGGUGGAGAAUGAAGCUCACUGUGAUUUUGUGAAGCUGCGGGAGAUGCUGAUCCGUGUGAACAUGGAAGACCUCCGUGAACAGACCCACACACGGCACUACGAGCUGUACCGGAGAUGUAAGCUGGAAGAGAUGGGUUUCAAGGACACCGAUCCAGACAGCAAGCCCUUCAGCUUACAAGAAACUUAUGAGGCCAAAAGAAAUGAGUUUCUGGGGGAACUGCAAAAAAAGGAAGAGGCAAUGAGGCAAAUGUUUGUCCAGAGGGUCAAGGAAAAAGAAGCAGAGCUGAAGGAGGCUGAAAAAGAGCUCCAUGAAAAGUUUGAUCGUCUGAAGAAGUUACAUCAGGAUGAAAAAAAGAAGCUGGAGGAUAAGAAGAAAUCUUUGGAUGAUGAAGUUAAUGCAUUUAAACAAAGGAAGACAGCAGCUGAAUUGCUCCAAUCUCAGGCUCAGCAGGCUGGAGGAUCACAAACUCUUAAGAGAGAUAAGGAAAGAAAAAAUUAACUGCUGUUUGGCUGCAUGGUGCAUGAGGCACGUUGUCCUGUUCGGGUUUCCUGUAGAACCUUUCCCUUCGCACCAGAAGCGAAUGCCCCCACAUUCGGUUAACACGCAGCCAUGCCACUGUGCCUGUUUGCUCACCUUUACUCAUUGCUCCCUUACUGUGCUCACCAGUCUGUUCUAAGCACCCUUGGCUGUUCUGGGUUACAGUUGUUUCUGUGAAGAACUCAGCAACAGCCUCUGUGGAACUGGCGAGAGAUGCUUGUGGCUGAUAACUCCCCCUCUGGUCAGUGGCAGCUGCCAGGCGCUUGUAGCAUCACCACUUCUCAGUUACGCAGCUUUUUGUCUCUCCCCUGCCUUUUGUGUGAGGCUGCAUGAUGACGGCAGCUGCUCAGUGCUUUUCGUGCCACCAGGGGUCGACUGUAAACGCAUCCCGGUGCGGUGGUCUCCAGAGAUUGGCUGCCCUCUCACCUUUUUAGUUUGCAGUAGCUAACCUAUCAUUGCCCUGCUGCGCUGUCAUGUGCAAAUCAAAUCAUUCUAAAGGACUUUUUGCCAAACUUGACGUCCUCGCAGGCCUGUGGGCCUGAAUCCAAACCUCAGUUCCCAAGCCUGGGGGAUUUGUCAGACUUGGAUCCAUGGUUUGCAAAUAAGUGUUCUCUGAAUGCUGCAGGGGUCACGAAGGAUCUCCUGCCUUGUCUCCUCAGUGUGCUGGGCUGGAUGCGCAUCCUGGAUCCAAUCUCAGGGAAAGCUGGUCACCUUGCUGUACAUACCAGUGCCUGUGAAGAAAGGUGACGAUAUUUCUUUGCCUUUCUUCUCAGUGAUUCCAAAAAUUUCUUGGUUUAAUGCAAAAAGUAUCACCUUUGAUUUUUUUUUACAUCUGUUUAGAAAAGUGCAGAUGUUGGCAAGUUGCUUUUUAUAUUUUCAACAAAAGCCUUGUUCUAAUGCAAGAUUUGCACUAAAAGAGAAGGUGUUUGCUCUUUGGGGCCAGGAGUUCACCCAGUGGCUGAGUGCAGCUGCAGUUUGCCUGCAGGUGUCUUUUCUGUGUAUUUCUGGAUGAGUUGUUUGUUUUUUAAAUAAAGCCUUCAUCAGACAGUGAAUUCUGGUUAACAUUUACUUCUUUUGUUUUUUUGUUUUCUUUGCCCUUCUUUUACAGUAACCCAUGGCUCUGUACUGAGUAAUUAUCCCUGAAUACAAUGGGCUGGAAUGGACCUUCAUUUACUUGUUAAAUCACAGGGUCUAAUAAAACGUGACAGCAUUUCAGCUGUAACCUUUCCAUGGUGUUACUCUUGCUCUCUGCUAUACUCUUGUUGUGAACUUGUCUUUACUAUGUACUGGUGGUUAUUGCUUUAUUAAAUAAUAUAAAAGGAGUCCUAAUGAGUUUGGGACACUGCAGCUUUAAUUUCUCUCUCUUUUCUUUUUUUUUUUUUAAUUCCAUACAGUUAAUAGCCUCCCCCUUUCUCUCAGUCCCUCUCUAUCCAGAAAACGUAAAAAUAAGUUCUGUGAGAUGAGAGUUAUUUUUGCUGGCAAAAUAACAAUGCGGUUUAAGUGUAUUUAUUGGUGACGUGAAGAUGACACCACCACCUUAGUUUGAUUAUCAAAUAGUCAAGAGAUUAAAAAGUUUUCUUCAUACUUGGGGCCAUUUUCAUGACGUCAUUUAUCCUUUAUUAUUUUAUUUCUGGAUAAUGCUAUGUAAAGACUGGCAUUUAAUAGGCGUUUUGUUGUGACCCUGACCCUCCAGUUGCACUCCGUGCAGGCAGGGAGACUCCACAUGUCCUGAAACAUCAGGGUGCGUGCUGGCAAACAGUUCCAACAAAAACCCUUCAAACCUAAAGGUUUCUGAAAGAUAAGCACGUGUCAGAGUUAGCAGGGUAGGUAAUGCAAGCCAACUGCUGAGGAUUUUUCUAGGAAGGUGUUGUUUGGGAUGGUGCUAAAACCUCACAGGCUUCAUUUUGUGUUAGCAGGCUGGCUGCUCAUGCUAACAGGCUGCAGCCUGGCCUUUCCCUUUGAGGCAAUCAAGGCAGCUAGAACUCUUGACUGCAAUGUGUUGUCUCAGUUUUGCUAUGAAUACGGUUUUAUUUCCUGUACAACUCUUGUGGGUUUUUUUUUUUU